CAAAGAAAGAAGAGUUUGAUGAGCUCUGUGGUGUCUGUGGUGAUAGUGGGCACAAAGACAAAGUCUUCUGCUGUAGAAAGUUCAAAAGACUUGCACUGCCUGAAAAGAAAGCUGCAUUGAGAAGGCUGGGAGCCUGCAGAAAAUGUCUUGGAUGCCAUGAUGGAGAUGGGUACUGCAGAGACACCUUCCUAUGCAGAAAUAAGGACUGUAGAAGGGAAGGUGGCGCCCCAGACCACCAUUUUUUCCUCUGCCCAAAAGAAGUCAAAAGAGGGGAAGAGAGAAAGAGCGGAAAGGACGGCAAAGGUGGGAGCAAACUCACGGAGGAACAAGAGGAGAUCUUGUCUGAACUUUCCCCAGAAAUGGCAGUUCGAUGCAGAAAGGCUUUCACCAACACCAUCAAAACCGCGGUGACACUCGAUGCUUCAGGCCAGUCUGAGCUACUGCAGAGGAAUGGGCUCUCUGAACUUCCGGUCAUCAUGAUGUUGAUGCAAGUCACUGCAAACGCAGGCCAGAAGAUUGGGACUCUAAUUGACUUUGCUUCGGAUACAAAUUACAUUACCCAUAAGGCUGCUAAAAGACUGAGGUUAAGACAUGAAAGGAUAACUUUAGUUGUGCAUGGGGUUGGUGGUAUGGCCAUGGAAGUGAACACACAAAGGUAUCUCCUCAAAGUCAGAGUCAAGACACCUAAAGGAACCCAGAGAGCUCAUGAAAUGGUCUGCUAUGGCUUGGAUGAAAUCGCCAAAGUGCAUCAAGGAAUUGAACCUGAGAAGUUGAAAAGAUUCUUCCCAGAAGUCGAACUUAAUGAAUUGGAAAGGCCAGAAGAGGUUGAACUUCUCAUUAGCCACCGAGAGGGAAGACUCGCUCCCCAGAGGGUAAAAAUCAUCGGAGACCUCGUCUUGUGGGAGAGUCCAUUGGGGAAGACAGUGGGUGGAGCACAUCCCGACUUAUUUGAGGAAGUGGAGGUUGCAGCAUAUGAGUCCAAAACACACUUCGCUCGCUCCAUGAGGGCAGCUGCUGUCAAAUAUCAAGAAAUCACAAGUCCAACCACUGACACAGUCCAGCUACGACAGAAGGAUGUGGCUCAGACCAAAUUUACAGGUGCCAGUAACCGUGAGUUCCUUGAGUGGUGGCACUGGGACAGCAUUGGAGCUGCAUGUGAGCCGAGAUGUGAAGGAUGCCGAUGUGGCAACUGUCCACCGGGAAGAAAAGAAAUGACCCUCGCAGAGGAGAGGGAGCUGGAGAUCAUUAAAGGAGGCCUCACCUACAAGGAGGGGGAUGCUCACACACCAGAUCCACAUUGGGACGCAAAGUAUCCUUGGACGGUAGAUCCAUCUUCUCUCCCAAACAACAAAGGUGCAGUCAAGGCUUGUUUCUUAAGAAUGGAAAAGCAACGAAGUAGAGAACCGGACUGGAAAGUCGCAUAUGCUACCCAGAUCCAUGACAUGGUCAAACGAGGGGCAGCCAUAAGACUCACCAACGAGAUCAUGGACGAGUGGAACGGACCAGUGUGGUACGUCAGCCACCUGGUGGCGCCAAACCCUCAUUCUGUGACAACACCAGUUCGUAUUGUGUGGAAUAGUAGCCAGAAAUACAAAGGCGUGAGUAGGAAUGAUCUUCUUCUGAAGGGACCAGACGUUCUCAACCCUAUCAGAGCUGUCCUGCUGAGGUUCAGAGAAGGGACGUAUGCAUCUCUAGGAGACAUCAAAAAGAUAUACAACUCUGGAUGGCUGGAGGAGCGUGAGAUGCAUCUACACAGGUUCCUCUGGAGGGACAGCCCAGAUGAAGAGAUAAAAGAAUAUGCAAUUACCAGAGUGAACAUUGGGGACAGACCCGCUGGGUGCAUUGCUCAGUUGGCUAUGAGGGAAACAGCACGCCUGCCCAACUUUCUUCACUUGGAGGAUGAGCGCAGAGUCAUUGAAGAGGACAGUUAUGUAGACGACAUCUUGACCUCCCAAAAUGACCUAAAGACACUGGACAAAAUCACAGAAAAUGUUGAAGAGAUCUUGAAAGCGGGAGGUUUCUUCCUCAAACCAUGGGUCCGGUCUGGGCAAAGUGGGAGGCAAAGAAUGGAGACAGAGGGUCUGUCUGAGAGACGAGGUAAAACCUUAAUUCUUCCAAAUCAAAUGAGGGACGAAGACAACAGAGCCUUGGGUAUCGGCUACCAAAUGGAUGAAGACAAGCUCUACAUGUUAACCUCAGUUAACUUUUCCAAAAGGAAGAAGAAGAUGAGAGUCGGAAAAGAUCUUGUGGAGGUAAAAAGAUUCGGGAGCCUGUCCAAAGUGGUGAGAGUCGUGGCCUGGGUUUGUCUAGCUGCCAAGCAGUGGCUGAAGAGGAAGUGCCGGGCCCCUAAACAGUCAAAGUGGGAGGUAGAGUCACCAAAGCAAGCUGUUCUGACUGUUGAAGAGCAUAAAGAGGCACUCUUCCUUGCAGCUCAAGAAGGUACAGUUUCAGACACAACGCUAAGCAGACUGGUAGGAUACAAAGAUGUGAACUCUGGACUACUAGUUUGUGGAGGCAGAAUUCAGACGUUCACCGAAGAGAAGACAGCAGUGCCGGUUUUACCAUUUGAAGCAUGGGUGUCCACACUGCUGGCAAGAAUCCCACACAGCAAACCACGAGGGAGUGGCAGCAACUCUUCUCCGGAUGAGGAAGAAAGCCUGGGUAAUAAAAGGCCGUAGACUUGCCAAGAGAAUGGUUGACAGCUGUGUGGUCUGCAGGAAAAACAAGGCAAAACAGUGUCAACAAAUCAUGGCGGACCUGCCAGUAGAGCGAACAGGCCCAGCUUCACCCUUUGAAUUCACCACCAUGGACCUAUUCGGCCCUUAUGAAGUGAAAGAUGAGGUCAAGAAGAGAAUUCGACUCAGAGUACGGGGAAAUGGUGCAGCAGAGGCAGCUGUCAAGGUAGUGAAGCGGGCGUUGAGCAACCUUGGUGGAGAUGGUGGGUUCACAUGGGGAGAAUUCCAAACUUUUCUCUUCAUGGCAGCCAACCUUGCAAAUGAGAGCCCCAUCGAUGCAAGAACUCAAAGCAGAGAAGACUGUGUAGAGUACAUCACCCCAAAUUCCCUGCUUUUAGGACGUGCCAAUCCAAAGGGAGACCCUGGAGAUUUCCAGUUUGAUGGCUACUAAUCUGUUCAUAAGGAACAAAUGGCACACCAAAGAGCGAAAUGUUGCUGUUGGACAUGUGGUUUGGUUGGCUGACCAAAAUGCCCUGAGAGGCCAGUACAAGCUGGCUAGAGUGGUCAGUGUCAAUGCUGACAGCAAAGGCAUCGUAAGAGAUGUGCUUGUGAAGACUUUUCCCAGCUAUCCUGAACACAUCAAAAAGGCGAACGGCAAGGAAAGAACCAAGAGGCUUCAAACCAGAAUCCCAGCCACGAUUCUUCAGAGAUGUCAGACGCCUUGUCAUUCUGCUUCCCACUGAAGAACAAGCAGAGGGUUAAAGGGUUUGUGUGACCUCUCUGGAUUUGAAAAACCAGGAGCUCAAGUGGGAGGUGUUGAGCUGAAUCUGAGGGCCUAGCUGUGUGAGACUACAGUUCCCAGAGUGCAGCAGCAGCAGCAAUCAGUGUCGCUUAUGAGGAGCACCUGUGGGGAUGCUCUGAUGCAUUUGUAAAGACAAGCAGCAGAGAGAGGACGCUUCAGGUCACUCCACGGUUCAACCCAAAGACGGCAAUGGUUACAACCUAAUUCACUGGCAGAGAAAUCAACGAACUAAAGAAAAAUAAAAGAAAGAUUAACGAUCACGUUGACGAAGUCGUUUUCCCCCAGCGUGUCCAGGAUGGUGUUGAUCGUGUGUUUGGCGAUCGUCAUCUUCAG